AUGCCCGAUACCCAUCUCAUCGCCUCGAUACUCGCGAUCGAGUUUCUCAGUCUAACAGGCCAGCAAUCAUUGACCAAUCUGACUUAUAUUCCUCACUGCCCUUCGUUCCGUGGACCAGGUCAUACGCGCUUCAUUAUGGAGAUCAACAGCCUUUUCGAUGUCAAAGGGAAAGUCGUGCUAGUGACUGGAGGCGCGCGAGGCAUAGGCCGCAUGAUCGCAACCGGCUUCGUCGCCAACGGCGCCAAAGUCUACAUCGCCUCGCGCAACGCGCAGGCCUGCGAAGCCGCCGCCGCCGAGCUCACAGCCCAGGGGCCCGGCACCUGCCACGCGAUCCCGGCGGACCUCCUUUCGCUGUCCGAGUGCGAGCGUCUGGUCGCCGAGCUGCGGCGCCGCGAGCCCGCCCUGCAUGUUCUGGUUAAUAAUAGUGGUGCGACCUGGGGCGCAGCUAUUGAGGAGUUCCCCGACGAGCAGUGGACGCGGAUCCUGACGCUCAAUUUGACGCGCACGUUUACGCUGACGCAGAAGCUGCUGCCGUUACUCGAGGCGGCUGGUAACCGCAGCGGCACCACCAAAGACAAAAACGAAGACGGCGGCCCGGCCGCCGUCAUCAACAUCGGUUCGAUCAACGGGCUCAGCGCGCCGGCGGUGGAGAACUACUCGUACAGCGCGUCCAAGGCCGGGCUGCACCACCUGGGGCGCCACCUGAGCCAGACGCUGGGCCCGCGCGGGAUCACGGUCAACACCCUCGCAUGCGGGCCGUUUGACACGCGCAUGAUGGCGCACGCGUUCCGAAACUUCCGCGACGUCAUCGAGGAGGGCAACCCGCUCGGGCGGCAUGGGCGGCCCGGGGACGUCGCGGGUGCUUGUAUCUUUCUUGCUAGCCGGGCUGGGUCGUAUGUCAAUGGUGCUACGAUAAACAUUGACGGUGGUGUGCACUUGGGUGCUAAGCUGUAA